AUGCGGAACCUCAAUGGGUACGAGAUCAAUGGACGCAACCUCCGGGUGGACUUUGUCGAUGGUAAGGACAAGUCUGGAGGGUCCGAACGAAAACGUCACGAGACUGGAAGCCAUAAUGGGGACAGUCUGGAGGGUCCGAACGCAAACGUCACGAGACUGGAGGCCAAUCUCGACCUGGGGGAGCUACUGAGUUUCAAGACACUACAGAUCUCCAUUCCGUCGUCAACAGAGACACAAGCAGUGUUGCUGGCCCCUCCUCCCAUGAUGCACCAACCACCACCCAUGGCAGGAAGGAUGAUGCAGCAACCGCUACGGCCAUCUAUGGGCGGGUCUGCGGUAUCUAGUUCUGGUAUUCUAGGUAUGGCCCCGCCAGGCUGUUCGGUCGGCUAUGCCAGGAGCGUCAGCAAAAGCUGGUGGUACGCGAUGGAGUGCACGACCGGGGCCUUUGGCUGCUCAGGCGACGAGUGCCGCUAUGACCAACAGACCCGCCCCUGCUUCUAG